GAGCUAAUUGUUUUAUUUUGUAAUAAUUUUCUAUCGUUUUUUUGGUGUGAUUUAUAUCAUUCGAGCAACUAAGUAAAAAUAUUGUUACCAGUUCGUUCGAGAGAAUCGGAAUGCAUUUUUCAUUUAAAUUCUUGUUCCAUUCUUUAAUUAGAUCAAUAUCUUUACUUGUAGUUCUUCCUUGAUCUAUUAUGUCUAUAACGGAGAACUUAAAAGGUAAUACCAUCUUCGGUUUCAGAGCGUCAAAUCAUCAAAUUGAUCUGAAAGCAAAAUAUAUUAAAUUAUCGGAAAAACAUAAAUUAAAUGAAAAAUGCAUUCCGAUUCUCUCGAACGAACUGGUAACAAUAUUUUUACUUAGUUGCUCGAAUGAUAUAAAUCACACCAAAAAAACGAUAGAAAAUUAUUACAAAAUAAAACAAUUAGCUCCUGUUCUGUUUAACGAUCGAAAUACUGAUAGUGAAGAAUUCCAAUUGACAGUAAACACAUCGGCAUUCGCUCCUAUUCAUUGGAUUGAAAACAAUACUGUUAUAAUUUAUUGUAAAAUGCUGGAUACAAAUUAUAGAAAUUGUUACAUGGAUCAACAAUUGAAGGUUGGAAUUAUGACAAUAGACUCAAUAAUUGCAGAAUAUGCUCCGAAAGAUUUUAUUAUAAUCCAAGAUGUAAAAGGGAUUGGCAUGAUGCAUUUAACAAGAGUGAAGUUACACCUCUUAAAGAUAUUCUUCAACUACAUUCAGGAAGCACUGCCUCUACAACUAAAAGCCGUGCACUAUAUUAAUGCGAAUUAUGCGUUAAAACAAUUCAUCUCUAUUGCUAAAUGCUUUAUAAAAGCAGAACUGUUUAACAAGAUUACUUUUCAUUCUGGAUUUGAUGAUUUGCACGAUUUUAUUCCAAUAGAAUACAUUCCAAGUAACUUUAACGGACAUUUAGUGUCUAUAGAAGAACUGCAACGUGACUCUGUAAGAAGAUUAAGGGAUAUGCAAACAUUCUGGGAUGCUGAGGAAGCGAUGAGGAAACAGUGUAUUACGAAAAAUGAUAAUCGAAGACUGAAUAAAAGUGUUGAAGACGAAAUACAAAUUGAACAAUAGUAAAUAAUUGAAUAAUUAAUAGGACAGUGUAUGAAAUUUGC